UGUGCAUCUCCCAGGCUUUCCAAUGGAAUUACUUAUUCGGGAGUCGAGAACAACUGUAGCGCCAGCAUUUCAUGAGCAACACCUUUCAGGAAGGUGCCCGCCUAAGAUUUUAGUGAGGGUAAUCUUUCCUCACGGUGAGGGUUCGCCCAUAGUUAUUGCUGCGGAAGUCCCACUUUGGGACGCCGGGAUAAUGAGCUUAUCUCAACCAACCCUGUACUUCAAAAAUCUGAUUUUAAUGCUUGUGUGCUGGUUAGAAAGAAAGCGCGUAUCCGAGUGGACGCAUGACUUUCAAAGAAAAGACGAGGAACUGCUCUCUUUGGAAUUCUGCGAUCAUUGUAUGUCCAUAACCUCGGUGAUCAGAGAGUUCAGCCCCAGUCCGCCUUGUUUGAAAAUUGAUCGGUUUCCACAGCUUUCCAUUGCGUUUUCAAUAUACUUUUAUAAGCAUGAGAAUAGUUAUCCAUUUCUUUUCUGGGUGAAGAAUCUGGAGAUCUUAACCAAAUUCUCAUUCCCAAUCCUGCGUUCUACCAAUCUGCUGCUGAAAUGUCCUUGUUCAGGAAAAAAACUUCUAGACUACAUUGAAGUGUGGAACUCCUGGCAUGAGGAGGCCACUCAAGUUCAGCGUGCAGUGUCUAGAAGAAGCUUCGAGAACUGCAAGAGUCGCCGACUUAGAAAAACACGUGGGAGUACAUUGCGAGCCAAGAGGAAGCGAAAUCUAACUUGGUUAUGUUUGCAUAACUACUUAGAUGAGCAUUUGCUGAUGAAUACGGUUUACGUAUGCACGGGCUGUUGCAUUUUGAUCCCGUUUAUUAAGACAAAGCUGGAUUACUGUAGCCGCGUGUUGGAAGAGGCUUGCCCUCUCCUCCUUGACAGCGCACUUAAAGUCAAGCAAAAGAUUCGCCUUACGAGGGAUUUCGCCAGGGAUAUGAAAUGGUUGGGUGGGAUCAUCAAUAUAGAAAUAACUCCAAAAGAAUACUCUCAGUUCGUCGAAGAUAUGUACGUUCUCUUGCUCCAUUGGUAUCGCUGCAAUCGGAGGAGAGGUCAUCAUCAUAGGACUAGGGAUGAAGAUCUCUUAAAGCUUGCCAAAUUGUGAGGGACAUCCCUUUUUGUCAGUUUUUGGUGUAAACGGACAAUGUGUGUAUGCGUGUGGGAGUUCACGACAAAGGAGCACCAAGGGACAAGGUAAGAAAGCUUUUACCAGGUAGUCUGAAAUCACAAAAGGGCACAAAGGGAGGAGAGGAGGCACUCUGUUUUCUUUUUGUUGGUGGUCUGCUAAUUACAAAGUUGAACAAGCAUAAGCCUUUUUAUAGUCCUCCAUCACUGCCUUUCUUCAGCAACCAUUCUUGACCUGUUUCUUCUUCUUUUUUCAAGAUCUUUUUGUUGUCUUUACAGCUGAAUGUUCCUCUUACAUGUUGCCCCCGUCUUAGUGAGUGACCGACUUAGACCAGUACUUGGAGACUUUACACUUCUUUUAUGUGUCACUGUUUGAUGCUUUUAUUUUAAUAUGUAAGUUAGCAUAUAGAUAUUGCACCACAGUAAUAUUUCGGUGGACUAGUUCUGAUUACAAGACUAAAUAGUUAUCAUACAAGCGCAGCAGGAUCUCACCGAACUAGAA